CCCGCCCGCGCCUGGCCGAGGCGAGCGGAGCCGCGGGCGCUGCGGGCGGACAAGAUGGCGGCGCCGGGCGAGUACUUCAGCGUGGGCAGCCAGGUGUCCCUGCCGCACCUGCCAGGAGCAGCGCCUCAGGGCGAGGUCGUCGCCUUCGACUACCCCAGCAAGAUGCUGGCGCUCAAAUGCCCCUCUUCCAGUGGCAAGCCCAACCACGCAGACAUCCUGCUCGUAAACUUACAGUACGUGUCAGAAGUGGAAAUAAUCAAUGACCGCACGGAAACGCCCCCUUUAGCCUCCCUCAACGUCAGCAAGCUUGCCAACAAAGCACGGACGGAGAAGGAGGAGAAGAUGAGCCAGGCGUAUGCAAUUAGUGCUGGUGUCUCUCUGGAGGGGCAGCAGCUCUUCCAGACCAUCCAUAAGACCAUUAAAGACUGUAAAUGGCAGGAGAAGAACAUAGUUGUGAUGGAAGAAGUCGUCAUUGCCCCUCCGUACCAGGUGGAAAACUGCAAAGGCAAAGAGGGAAGCGCCCUGAGCCACGUACGCAAAAUAGUGAGUGUGGGAUUUCGGGACGUGGAAAGCCAGAAGGUCCUGCAGCGUUCACAAGCACAGCAGACACAGAAGGACACGUCCCUGUCAUCCUGAGGCCACCUCGGGGCCACCACCCUGCUGUCCCCGUGUCCCCUCCCCGGAGGCGGCGCCGGGGGCAACGUCAACUUUUAUUUCCUUU